AUGAGGAAGGUGUCUAUUCGCCUGCUGUUGCUAUCUACAGCAUUUUUGCUUCGGAAAGCAGUGUGCCUUGAGGACGCAACACCGCCUCCAAAACGGCCGAUGCUUCCGCCGCCUCCUCCCCCUCCCCCUAACGCCCCGCCCACAUUCCGAGACGGUGCUAAUCAGACGACAACCGCAUUCGCCCCGACCCCAACCACAUUCGCCCCGACCACAGACCCAAGGGAACCCAUCCAGGAGCUGAUUGACACCGGUGGAUUUGAGCUCAGAAUUGAUGUCCAAUUUGCAUGGUUUCAGCCAAAUGAAGUGGAGAGGUUCAAGGCAACUAUGGGAACUACCUGCAACAUUUACUGUGCAACGAAGGGAAACUGCUUAAUAAACCCAAAGAUAGCCGAUGCAGAUGAUGUAAUGGUCUACAAAAUUCAGCUUGUUUCUGAGGUCAAACGAACGGCAGUGUCUUUCUACAUCAAGAAUCCUUACGCUAGGAAAGAGCUCACCCUAACGUCCAAACAGCUUAAAAAGAUGAUUGUUACAAAGAGGAUAUCAAUAGAGGCCGCUCUUGGAUACCGACUCGAUUUGGGUGACCUGGAUGGUGUUGUCCCAACCGAACCAACAAAGAUUUUCCCAACGGGGCCAGCGUUGGAGUGGUGGGCUAUCACGUUGCUGGCUGUCGGUGGGGCAUUGAUACCUACCGGUGCCAUUGUUAUCGUGGUUCUUGAUAGAAGAAAGAAAAGGACAGCAACCGAGGGAGCCUGCGGGAAAGUGUGGAACCGGAAGAUUAGUUACCGUCAUAUCACUGAAGGUAUGAUCAAUAAGUAG